AUGACCGAAGACACCCUUGCAUUCCGUGAGGAUGAUCUCGGGACCUUAACACAGCCACACAACGACGCACUGGUAAUUUCAUUUCUUUUAAGUAUCAUUCGAAUUAAACGUGUGCUCGUGGACCAAGGAAGGUCGGCCAACUUAAUCAGGUCAAAGGUAGUAGAACAGCUUGGGUUGCUUGAUCAGAUCGUACCCACCUCCCGGGUCCUCCACGGCUUCAACAUGGCCGGUGAAGUAAUGAAAGGGGAGAUCGCCCUCCCGGUUGACAUGUCUGGUACAGUUCAGAACACCAAGUUCCACGUCAUCGGCGGUGACAUGAUGUACAACGCAUUGGUUGGCAGGCCAUGGAUACAUAGCAUGAGGGCAGUGUCAUCAACUCUACACCAGAUGAUGAAGUUUCCAACAAAGGAUGGUCUAACAACCGUAUAUGGAGAACAACAUGCGGCAAAAGAAAUGUUCGCGGUUUACCAAGAAGCGCCGAAUCCUAUGCACUCUACAUCGGAUGAGCCUGGGAGCGUACAAACACCCGAGGAUGAUGAAGAAGAUUUCCUCACUCCUCGGACUUUCGUUGCCCCCGAAGAGUCGGAUGCGACGAAUCGAUAA